AUGUCGACAACCGAGACUGCCACGCCUAUUGGCAUUGCCAAUCUCCCCAACCAGCGACACAAGAUUGUCGCGAAGCGGGGUGCGGCGUUCACAAUUAUGGUCGCUGGAGAGUCUGGAUUGGGAAAGACCACCUUCAUCAACACUCUGUUCUCCACCACUAUUAAAAACUACGCCGAUCACAAGCGCCGUCACCAGAAGCAGACUGAUCGUACCGUCGAGAUCGAGAUCACCAAGGCCGAGCUUGAGGAGAAGUUCUUCAAAGUCCGCCUGACCGUUAUUGAUACCCCCGGCUUCGGUGACUAUGUCAACAACCGUGACUCCUGGCAGCCUAUCAUCGAGUUCCUGGAUGACCAGCACGAGUCUUACAUGCUCCAGGAGCAGCAGCCCCGUCGUGCGGACAAGAUCGAUAUGCGUGUGCACGCCUGCUUGUACUUCAUCCGCCCCACUGGACACACCCUUAAGCCCCUCGACAUUGAGGUCAUGAAGCGCCUUAGCUCGCGUGUCAACCUGAUCCCCGUUGUCGCCAAGGCCGAUACCCUGAGCCACGCCGAUCUUAUUCGUUACAAGGAGAGAAUUCGCCGUGUCAUCGAAGCCCAGGGAAUCAAGAUUUACACACCACCUAUUGAGGAGGAUGAUGAGCACGCCGCCACCCAUGCCCGCAGCUUGAUGGCUGCUAUGCCCUUCGCCGUCAUUGGUUCCGAGAAGGACGUCAAGGCCAACGAUGGCCGUGUCGUCAAGGGUCGUCAGUACGCCUGGGGUGUCGCUGAGGUCGAGAAUGAAGACCACUGUGACUUCAAGAAGCUCCGAUCGAUCUUGAUUCGCACCCACAUGCUCGACCUUAUCCACACCACCGAGGAGCAGCACUACGAGGCCUACCGCGCCCAACAAAUGGAGACUCGCAAGUUUGGUGAGGCUCGGCCUCGCAAGCUCGACAACCCCAAGUUCAAGGAGGAAGAGGAGAACCUGCGCAAGCGUUUCACUGAGCAGGUCAAGGUCGAGGAGCAGCGCUUCCGCCAGUGGGAGCAGAAGCUCAUCUCCGAGCGCGACCGCCUCAACAAGGACCUAGAGGCCACUCACGCAGCGAUCAAACAACUCGAGGGCGAGAUCGAAAAUCUGCAGGGCUCCGGCACCCGCAGCCAUGGUCGCCGUUAA